AUGCAUGGUACAGGAGAAGUCCUAGGUACGGAACGGGCCGACCUGAGACCGUCGCCGCCUCCAAAGUCGGAUGCCAGGGCAAGGCUUGAGCUGAGGAGGCAACGGAGCAACGAUCAACGAUCGACAAUCAAAGACCAAAGAUCAAAGACCGGUGAAUCAAUCCACCCGUAUUCCGUCACAACAUCGAUCUGUGAGCCUCAAUCUUGCAAUAACCUCUCGAGCGUUGCCCCGCCCCCACCAAGCCCCAACUUCCUCCAUCGGUUUGACGCUCUCAACUCCGAGAUUCUACGUAUCGAGGCUGCAGUACCUUUGGGAAUUCAUCGGCAUCUGCCUGGCCUUACUUCACAAACAAACUCCCCAAGGCUUCCCCUCGACACGAUGGCUGCUUUGCCCAAACGGAUUAUCAAGGAGACUGAGAGACUGAUGGCAGAGCCUGUCCCAGGUAUCAGCGCAGUUCCCCAUGAAGACAACCUCCGAUACUUCGAUGUUUCGAUACAUGGUCCUUCCCAGUCCCCAUACGAAGGCGGAAUCUUCAAACUUGAGCUUUUCCUGCCAGAUGACUACCCUAUGUGUCCACCAAAGAUUCGGUUCUUGACCAAAAUCUACCACCCCAACAUUGACAAGCUUGGCCGUAUCUGUCUCGAUGUGCUCAAGAGCAACUGGUCUCCAGCUCUCCAAAUCCGAACUAUCCUCCUCUCGAUCCAAGCGCUCCUCGGUGCCCCGAACCCCGACGACCCAUUAGCCCCAGAGGUUGCAAAGAGAUGGAAGGAGGAUGAGCCAGCUGCUAUCGCAACUGCGAAAGAGUGGACUAGGACACAUGCUAUCAAUUAG